GGAAAAACAAAUGGAUGAAGAUGUAGAGAGAGAACUAGAAGAAGAGUUGGAGAGAAUAAAAUAAUAAAAUAAAAAAUUGAAAUGGUUAUGAAACCUUAUGCUAGAGUCUCUGGCCCAAUUUUUUUUAUGGCCAAUCUAUUCCAUAAUCCGAUUAAGUAUUUAUUGGCAAAGAAAUUUCAGAACUGAAAAAGUGUUUGCAAAUGAAGGAAUUUGCAGUUGCAGAAGCAGUUCCGAUGAGGUUCGAACAGCUUGGGCCUUAACCGAUUUAUAUUCAUAUUCAUCCAUGGCUUUCACAGGCAGCUUUCCCAGAGCGAACGUCUUUUCCCCGCGGACUGCUGUACUUCGCUCGCCAUCACUGCAGUCUAAGAUCCGAAUUGGGGUUCUCAGAGCACAUCUCUGUGAAGACGAUGACCCUUUAUUCCUCAGUGCGAAAGAAGCUGCCUCUCUUCGGUUCAUGGAGUCCCACCAAACGGAUCCCCUUUUUGUUGAUGAAUAUGCCGGCUGUUGGGCUACUCCUAAUCCUCAAAUCAACCCAAACUCUCACCAUUAUUGUGUUGCAACUAAAUUCUUAGAUGAUAAUUUGAUUCAAAAAGUCAAUCAUAUUAAUGGAGUUAAGCAGGUUGUGUUGCUAACAGAUGGAAUGGAUACUAGACCAUAUAGGAUCCUUUGGCCCAUGUCGACAAUAAUUUUUGACAUAUCACCUGACAAUAUAUUUAAAAGAGCAGCUCAAGAUUUGCAAGGUAGUGGGGCUAAGAUUCCAAGAGGCAACUUUUUCUGUCAUGUCCCAUUGGAGUCCCCAAAUAUACCAUUAGAAAUUUGUAGUAGAGGUUUUCGAGGAGACCAACCGAGUAUAUGGGUGAUGCAGGGACUUCCUAUUAAGUCAUUGGUAGAUUUUGAAGAUGUUCUGUUCAUUGUUAGUAGCUUGGCUAUGAAAGGAAGUUAUUUCUUGGGUGAAUUACCUUCUUGGUUGGCUGAAACUGAAAUUAAGUCCAGGUCUAGUACAAGUACAAUGAAGUGGAUGGACAAACUUUUUAUGGGCAAUGGUUUUCGGGUUGAAACGAUCGUCCUCGAGGAACUUGCAAAGAGAUUAGGCAAGGAGUUGACAUUGGAACCCUAUAAGAAUAUUCCAUUUGUUGCAGAACAAUUGCGAUUUUCAGACUCUGAGAUGGAAAUUUGGAGGAAGGAAUUCGAGAGGAUUGAGAACGAAGGAGAUGAAGAAGGGUUUGAAGAACUAUGAUUUUGUUCAUAAAAGUACCAGUUUUGUUAUUGUUUCAUUGUUGCUAAUAACUUACCAUUGUGCCAACAUAAGCAUAGUUCAACUGGCAUAAUUUCAAAGUUUGUUUUUCGUUCAACAAUUGCAGGGUGGGAAAACUUUUGAAAACGAUGAUAAGAUGUGAUGUUAGAAUUUUCUCUUUCUA